GCCAGAUCAAGAUGGCGUCCUCCUUGAGUGGGAUGUUCUCCAGUCAGCCGCCGCCCGGCGCGCAUCCCGUCGGGGGUCCCGGUGCACCGGGCCAGCCGGGCUUCCCCGGUGCAGCUACCAGACCUCCGGGAAACAUCACGCUGGUGGAUGAACUGGAGGCGUCCUUCGAGGCAUGUUUUGCCUCCCUGGUAAGUCAGGACUACGUUAACGGAACUGAUCAGGAGGAGAUUCGAACUGGUGUUGACCAGUGCAUACAGAAGUUUCUGGACGUGGCUCGACAGACAGAGUGCUUCUUCUUACAGAAAAGGCUUCAGUUAUCUGUGCAGAAACCAGAACAGGUGGUGAAAGAGGAUGUGUCAGAGUUACGUAAUGAGCUACAGAGGAAAGAAUUGCUGGUUCAGAAACACUUGUCCAAACUGCACCACUGGCAACAAGUGCUGGAGGACGUGAGCGUUCAACACCGUAAACCCUCUGACCUUCCUCCUCCCGGACCGCUGGCCUUUCUAGAGCAGGCCUCUGCCAGUCUGCCCCCUGCCCCUUUAAAACCAAAUUAACACACCAAAGUUACAGUCACAUUAGUCUUCUGUUGUACGAAAUUGUUUACACACAGAAUGGGAUGUUGAACUCUGACCUGCAAGCAGCUGGUGAUCACACCCAAAUGGGAAACAGAUUUGUUUGCAUUCAUCAAUCAUAAAGGCUCGACUUGAAGCAAGAUGGAGCAAAUAUUUGCAGGACUUAAGUGUAGCUGUCACUCAACACACUAUGUACAUUGUGUGAUGCCCACUAUCAUGUGUCAACC